CCAGGAACUUCACAAGGAAUGGAUCAUGUUCAAAUACAAACCAAAACCGCACUCACUCUUCAUUCUCACUGCCCAAAAACGCUUCGUAGCAUUACUACCACACCCUCCUUCUUCUUCAGCCACCACCCAUUCAUACAAUGCCCUUAUCAACCGCCAUUCAACCCAAGGCGCUCACCGUCAAGUUCUCAUCACCUACACAUCCAUGCUCAAUGCAAACAUCCCUUCUGAUGCAUACACUUUCCCUAGUCUUCUCAAAGCAUGCUCGUUUCUUAACCUCUUUCAUCUUGGUAAUUCACUUCAUCAACGUGUUAUCGUUAAUGGGUUGUCGACAGAUUCGUAUAUUGCUUCGUCUUUGAUCAAUUUUUAUGUUAAAUUUGGUUAUAAUGAUGUUGCACGUAAAGUGUUUGAUUUUAUGCCUGAGAGAAAUGUUGUGCCUUGGACUACGGUUAUUGGGUGUUAUUCGAAAAUGGGUGAUGUUCGUGAGGCUUUUUCUUUGUUUCGUCAAAUGCGUUACGAGGGAAUUCAACCGAGUAGUGUUACUUUGCUGAGUUUGUUGUUUGGAGUUUCGGAGGUUCCUUAUGUGCAGUGUUUGCAUGGUUGUGCAAUUUUUUAUGGGUUUAUGUCAGAUUUGAAUUUGUUAAAUUCUAUGGUGAAUUUGUACGGGAAAUGUGGAAGUAUUGAAGAUUGUAGGAAAUUGUUUGAAUUUAUGGAUCGAAGAGAUGUUGUUUCGUGGAAUUCUUUGUUAUCUGCAUAUGCUCAGAUUGGGGAUUUAUGUGAAGUUUUGUUGCUUCUCAAGAGAAUGAAGCUACAAGGUUUGGAGCCUGGUUUACAGGCUUUUGGGUCUGUGUUGUCUGUGGCUGUGUCGACAGGUGAUAUGAGAUUGGGAAGGUUAGUUCAUGGCCAGAUUUUAAGAGGUGGUUUUGUUUUGGAUGCGCAUAUUGAAACAUCAUUUAUUGUAAUGUACUUAAAAGGUGGGAACAUUAAUGUUGCAUUUAAAAUGUUUGAGAGGAGUUUAGAUAAGGAUGUAGUUUUGUGGACGGCGAUGAUCUCAGGCCUAGUACAGAAUGAGAAUGCAGACAAAGCACUUGCAGUUUUUGAUCAAAUGUUUAAAUUUGGAAUGAAGCCAUCUACCGAGACUAUGGCUAGUGUGAUUACAGCUUGUGCACAGCUCGGGGCCUUUAAUUUGGGGAAAUCGAUUCAUGGUUAUAUAUUAAGGCAAAAACUGUCAUUGGAUACUGCUGCUCAUAACUCUCUUGUUACCAUGUAUGCGAAGUGUGGCCACUUAGAUCAGAGUUAUAUUGUCUUUGAUAGGAUGAGUAAAAGGGAUUUAGUUUCAUGGAAUGCCAUAGUCGCCGGAUAUGCUCAAAAUGGCUGUGUUUAUAAAGCCUUUUCCCUUUUUAAUGAAAUGAGGUCUUGUCAUCAAACACCUGAUUCAAUUACCAUUGUCUCCCUUGUUCAAGGGUGUGCAUCCACCGGGCAACUUCACCCCGGAAAAUGGAUCCAUGGGUUUGUAAUAAGAAAUGGUCUUAGGCCUUGUAUCUUGGUUGAUACUUCCUUGGUAGAUAUGUACUGUAAAUGCGGUGAUUUGGAUUCUGCUCAAAGAUGUUUCAACCUAAUGCCAAGUCAAGAUUUGGUUUCAUGGAGUGCCAUAAUUGCAGGAUAUGGCUAUCAUGGUAAAGGGGAAACUGCAUUGAGGUUAUACUCAAAGUUUCUAGAAACUAGGAUUAAACCCAACCAUGUGAUUUUCCUCUCAAUUUUAUCUUCUUGCAGUCAUAAUGGACUUAUUGAUCAGGGCUUGAACAUUUACGAAUCUAUGACUCGAGAUUUCGGGUUUGUGCCAAAUCUCGAACACCAUGCUUGUAUGGUGGAUCUCCUAUGUCGUGCCGGGAAGGUAGAGGAGGCGUAUAACUUGUACAAGAGAAUGUUCUCAGAUCCUGUGCUUGAUGUGUUAGGCAUAAUCCUUGAUGCAUGUCGAGCGAAUGGUAAUAAAGAACUUGGUGAUAUAAUUGCCAAUGAUAUUAUCAAGCUAAGGCCUAUGAGUGCUGGAAAUUAUGUACAACUAGCUCACUGUUAUGCUUCAAUAAACAAGUGGGAAGGAGUGGGUGAGGUAUGGACUCACAUGAGAUCUCUUGGUUUGAGGAAAAUUCCUGGUUGGAGCUUUAUUGACAUACAUGGAACCAUCACUACAUUUUUCACAGAUCAUAACUCACACCCUCAGUUCCUAGAAAUAGUGAAUACCAUGACAAUUUUGAGAGAGGAAAUGAACAAAAUGGAGGAAGUGGACCUUAACUUUGAAAGCAACCACACCCAUUAUUAUAACAUAUGUUGAAAGGUUAUUAUGAAACAUAUUUAUAAAUCGAUAAUUUAAGUUCAAUUCUUCUUGAUGUUUAGCCUAUGGUU